AUGGCUUCUAUUCUCACUGAUGAAGAAAUACUCAUUAUGAUUAAUAAUGGAGAUUUUCUAUUGUCAGACGAAGAUUUUGGUCUUAAUUCUGGGAGUGAUAGUUUAGGCGAGGGUGAUUCUGCAGAUGACGAUUGCGAUCAAAAUAAUAUAGUUGAACAAAAUAUUGCCAAUCAAUCGCCUGCAUCGCUUACUGAAACAGAUUUAGCUUCACCACAAAUUAGCCGUGAAAACAAUUAUAACUGGUCUACUUUUCGUCCUCAAGUUAUAGAUAUUCCUUUUUCUGAAACACCAGGACUUAAAAUUUUUCCUAAAGGUAACGACCCAAUUGAUUAUUUUAAUUUAUUUGUUACAAACACAUUUUGGGAGUUUUUAGUUGAAGAGGCAAAUUCAUAUGCAGUUGAAGUCUUUUUGAACAGCGAUCGGUCUAAUUCUAGUAUUUCAACUUGGAAAAAUACAGACGUUGUUGAAAUGAAAAAAUUUAUUGCUCUUUUAUUUCACACUGGUACUAUUCGCGUAAAUAGAUUAGAAGAUUAUUGGAAAACCAAUGAGCUUUUCAAUUUUCAUAUUUUUCGAAGUACUAUGAGUCGUAACCGAUUUAUGCUAUUGCUCAAAGUCCUACAUUUUUGCAAAAAUCCGGGACAAAAUGAUAAUCCUACAAGUCGCUUACAUAAAAUCGACAAAAUGACAAAUUAUUUCAAUAAAACAAUGGAAGAACUUUACCAACCAUCUAAAAAUUUAUCGAUCGACGAAUCUAUGGUUUUAUUUAGAGGAAGACUUAUGUUUCGUCAGUAUACAAAAAAUAAGAGACACAAAUACGGGAUUAAGUUGUAUAUGAUGACUGAGUCGUGGGGAUUGGUUCAUAGAGUUCUAAUUUAUUCAGGAGAGGGUACUGGUACAUCAGAAGAGUUAAUUCAUACCGAAUACGUUGUAGAGAAACUAAUGGAAGGUUGUUAUUACAAAGGCCAUUCAAUCUAUAUGUCAACUAUUAUAACAGUGUCAAGUUAG